AUGACCGCCAAAGUCAAACGAAUUUUCAACCCACCAAACUCCUUAGCUGAGAGGCUGGCUGAACCUCUUCCUAAUUCUGCGACCCCUCGCAAGCUCCCAGAGUCACCGCCAUCCCUCGCAGCUCGGGUGCCUUUGAACUUGUCUGGUGCGUACCCGAGAAUGCCAAUGGACAACCACGGGGAAAGUCAUAGGGAUGGUGGCAUUACCUUUGCUGCCCAGGAUAAGCUUCCCAAGCUUCCUAUCCCUGACCUCUCUGGUACUUGCGACAAGUACUUGGAAGCACUCCGGCCAUUGCAGACGCCCAGGGAACGAGCCGAGACGGAACAUGCUGUUAGAGAGUUUCUCUCAACCGAUGGACCGGAUCUGCAGGAGAAGUUGAAGAGGUAUGCUCAAGGAAAGACCAGUUAUAUCGAGCAGUUUUGGUACGACUCAUACCUUAACUUUGAUAAUCCCGUGGUCCUGAACCUGAACCCAUUCUUCCUUCUGGAAGAUGAUCCCACACCAGCACGCAACAACCAAGUCACCCGUGCCGCGUCCCUUGUGGUAUCAGCACUGGAAUUCAUCCGAGCAGUCCGCAAGGAAGAGCUCCCGCCAGACACGGUAAAGGGCAAACCCUUGUGCAUGUAUCAAUUUUCACGACUUUUCGGAACAGCACGAGUACCAACGGAGAAUGGCUGUCAGAUUGUGCAAGACCCUGAGGCUAAGCAUGUUGUGGUCAUCUGCCAUGGCCAAAUCUACUGGUUCGAUGUCCUUGAUAAUAACUCGGACGUCAUCAUGACCGAGAAGGAUAUUGCCAUUAAUUUGCAAACUAUCACCGAGGAUGCUGCACAAACUCCCAUCCAAGAUGCUGCCAAAGGCGCUUUGGGAGUCCUCAGCACUGAGAAUCGCAAAAUUUGGUCCGGCCUGAGAGAUGUCCUGACCAAGGACCCCGGGUCAAACAAUGCCGACUGCCUCAACAUUGUAGACUCGGCUCUGUUUGCCCUCUGCCUGGAUUACACAGAGCCCCCCGAUGUCGCUGCCUUGUGUCAGAACAUGUUGUGCGGCACCAGUGAGGUGAAGAAUGGUGUCCAGAUUGGAACUUGCACCAAUCGUUGGUACGAUAAACUGCAAAUUAUCGUCUGCAAGAAUGGAAGCGCCGGUAUCAACUUUGAACACACAGGUGUCGACGGCCACACAGUCCUACGAUUCGCUAGCGACGUCUACACUGACACUAUUCUACGAUUUGCCCGCACCAUCAACGGCCAAGCCCCCACGUUGUGGACAUCAACCAGUCCUGAUCCAUCCAAGCGAGAUCCCGAAAGUUUCGGAGAUGUGAAUACCACACCACGCAAGCUAGAGUGGGAUAUGAUCCCUGAGCUGAGCAUUGCGGUGCGUUUUGCCGAGACCAGACUAGCUGAUCUCAUCGAGCAAAACGAAUUCCAGUGCCUUGAUUUCAGCUCUUAUGGCAAGAACUUUAUUACAUCGAUGGGAUUCUCGCCAGACGCUUUUGUUCAAAUGGCCUUCCAGGCAGCAUACUACGGUCUCUACGGCAGGGUUGAAUGUACCUACGAACCAGCAAUGACCAAAUUCUACCUUCACGGUCGUACGGAAGCCGUCCGCACCGUGUCGCAAGAUUCCGUCGAUUUUGUCCAAUCAUUUUGGGCCGAUAAUCCUAUUGAACAAAAGAUUGAAGCCUUGAAGAAGGCCUGCCAGAAACAUGUCGGCCGCACAAGAGAAUGCCUCAAGGCAGAAGGUUGCGAUCGCCACCUUUAUGCACUCUUUUGUGUGUGGCAAAAGUUCGUUGAUGAUGAAAUGGACAGUGGCAUGAGCAGCAUUGGCCAAUCCAGCCCAACAGAUGGCUAUUCACCAGUUGGGAGCCCUGGAAAGGAGUCUUCUGGAUCAAUGGAUCAAGUCGUUGAAGUCAAACCUAAUAGGGAGCGAGGUGAUAGCACAAACUCUCGCUCACGGGAUGCCCACCCGUUGCCGUUCAUUUUCGCCGAUGGUGGCUGGGAUAAAUUGAAUACGACUGUCCUGUCCACGUCAAACUGCGGCAACCCGUCGCUUCGACAAUUUGGCUUCGGUCCUACAUCUGGGGACGGUUUCGGAAUAGGGUACAUCAUCAAAGACGACUCUAUCUCCAUUUGUGUAUCCAGCAAGCACCGCCAGACGAAGCGUUUUGUCGACACUUUGGAAAGCUAUCUUCUGGAAAUUAGACGUAUUCUAAGAAUUACCAACCGCAAGAGCUCAACUGUGAAAUCCAGUCGGGCACGAGAAGCAGAAGAGGCUAGACCAAAGCAAAUGAGUAGACUCAAGUCACGCGGACGACUGAUCACCACAGAGGGCGCGGCCAAGGGAUCCGCCAGAGCUGAUACAGCAAGUCAAACGGAGGAGAGCGCCAUUGGCAGCGAUGAUGACGAAUUGGGUGGCUAUGGUUUCUUCGACGCCGGCAUGCUAUUGCAGGCUUUGAAAGCGAGAGAUAGAGCAGCUGAUCCAGCCGAGAGCGCCAAGGCAUCGGAGAGAGCGGCUGUGCAGGCCAGAAGGAGGGAUGUGGGUAAGAAGUUGAGGUUAACUACGGAGUAG